UCUUCCUUUGAGGUUCUCCAGGAAACCUCUCAAGGUGGAAGACGUCAUGAAGCUGCUGUGCUGCAUCGCUGAGGAGAGGGAAAAAGGGAGCUUGAAGCCAGCUGUGGGUAGAAUGAUUGGUGGUCUGGUCGGAGGCCCACCUGGAGCUGCUGUUGGGGAGGCUGUUGGGGGCCUCUUAGAUACAUGGAUGAUAAGUGGACAGUUCAAGCCAAUUCCUCAGACCAUAAUGGAGCUGCCACCUGAUAAGAAGCAAAAGCUCUAUAAAGAAUCCAGGGCCAUCCUCAAGCACCUGAAGUGGAGGCACACCGAAGACCUGACCACAUUGGUCAUGGGCAGUGAGGACCUGAAGAUGCAGCUGCUGGCCAUGCUGGAAAAGUGCCUCAAAGGCUGA